UUUGUGUGAAGCCUCGCCAUAGUAACGCUGCGCAGUAGCGAACUGAAAACACCGCGUGCGUGGUACCGGGUCGCGCUUGCCAUGGAAGCUGCCUUCGCAACGGUGUACACGCCAAUUAUGCAACACCGCUGGAGCUGACAAAAGGAAACACUGCUCAAGAAACCGACACCCAACGUGUGCAUCGGCCCCUUGAAAACCUCAAAUGAGCCAUUCGCAGCGAUCAACGGGUGACGCCGUUGGUGCAACCAAAUCUCAUGGUGACUUAGCUCCUUCAGGUGAUUGCGAGCGAGGAGGAGAAACGGCUCAUGUGGGCGGUGACUGCGCCGACGACGGUGAGCCGUCGGAACUUCGGUUACACUGGCACGUGAUCCUAAUAGCCGUUCUUAUGGACUUCGGUCAGUCGGCGGCAUUUCGAUCAUCGGGAUUCAUCUAUGUCGCCCUCAUGGAUCACUUCGAAGUCGACCACGAGGCUGCAUCAUGGCCCGUCAGCGUUCUAGGCACAGUCGUCGACGCAGGUGGUAUCUUAGCAGGACCACUCUGCCAGUGGUUCGGUGCCGCUGCUACGCUGAGGGCUGGAGCCCUGGUGACUGCAGUGGGAGUAAUGGCUUCUGCAUUUGCGCCAGAUAUCCCGUGGAUGACAGUCACACUGGGCGUCAUUCACGGAGCCGGAGCCGGAACGGUGAGCAUGAUGCUACAAGUGUUCUUGAGCAUGAAUUUCAUCAAGUACCGAGGCACGGCGCAUGGAAUGAUGUUCAUGGGAUCAAUAGUUUCGUCCCUUGUCGUUCCGCAAGCGCUCUUCUUCCUGGAAAACACGUACGGAUUCAGUGGCUGCUUGCUGGUAUUCAGUGCGCUGCUCUUGCACUUGGUUCCCAUCAGCUUCCUUCUUCGGCCUGGCUCGCCAGGAAGCACCUCGUGUCAACUCGACACAGGGCAAAGCACACUCGUGGAAACGCGGGACGUGAACUUGAACAUCAAGGAUGUUCCAGAAUCAGAUAGCAAGUCCUGCUCAAGUUCGUCAACUUCGUCAAGCACGAAUGGAAAGUCAGGAGUUCUCCAGAGUGCUGCCGAAGUUCUUCGUCUCCCAAUGUUCUACGUAAUCCUCGUGACGUGGACAGUGAUGUGCUACAACGAGGACAUUUUUUUGACAACAAUAGUAGACUUCGCCGUCGACAAAGGCUUCGCAAAGAAUAUGGCUGUGCCGCUACUCUCUUAUCUGUCUUUCACUGAUGCAAUAGGACGCAUUGGGCUUCCGCUACUUGCUGAUCGAAAGAUCCUUCGGCGCAGCACGUUGGUUUGCUGCAACGCUGCACUCACAGCGACAUCCGUCGCCAUCAUACCAGAAGCCAACACGUACGCUUUCCUGGUGGUGGCGACCCUUCUAGCUGCCUGUUUCAAUGGGUGCGGCAUGACAAUGCAUGGUGUACUGAUGGCUGAUUACAUCGGGAUGGAUAACCUCCCCGUUGGAUAUGGCGUAGCUGGGAUUCUCGUCGUACCACUGUUGUUGGUCAAGCCAGUGCUCAUAGGUUAUUUUCGGGACACACUCGGCUCGUACAACGACCUCUACAGAAUUCUGGGAGGAAUGCAGCUCCUCUUGUUCAUUCUGUGGCUAUUCAUAUCGUACCGGGAGCGACGCCGUGGGUCUCCUCCAGGCACUUCGCAUCAUGAGCAAACUGAAUCAUCAAAACUCAAAGAAAUGCGUGACGUCUCGUAUAUCAAUGAUUGUAAACAUUCAUAUAUAAAUCGAUGUUUCUGUACAGAGAAGAAAAAUUGCCACUCCUCCGGGGCCUUGCAAGACUGCGUUAUUUGUGAAGGACCGUGGAUCGUGAAUUCAUGUAAAAAUCGUUCAUCGUAUCCAGGCGCUACCAAGGGUGCCCGUGAAUGGACAGAAGAGAAGUGCUGUAGUCUGAGAAGUGUUAGCUUGGCGCACAAAAAACCGCCUGUGAGUUCUCUGGGCAUUUUGAACUAUGGCAGUGUAGCCGAUAGUACGAGUAAACGAAACAGUUUAUCUCCCUAAAAUGAUGACACAUGAAAGAUUUGGUUCAGUUGGACAAUAAAGUUGUCCUUCUUGGAUGCCGUAGGCACUGCA